AUGUUGUGUUCUUCUUCGAUGGAUUGGGGGGUUGUGCCUCCGGCGGCUGGGGCUCCGCCCCAGACCCCGUGGCUCCUGCUUCGCAGGAGAUUUAGGGGGUGGUUAUUAACAUUUUGUAGAUUUUAUUAUGUCAAUUUAGCGACUGGAAAGUCGCAGUGGGAAAAGCCUCCAGGCAGCCCGGCACCUCCUCCCCCAGGUGGUUCUGGCGGCCCUCCUCCUUAUAAUCAGGGUCCUGCUCCUGGUUCAAGGGCGUACGGACCUGGUCCAGGUGGCCCAGGUGCUCCAUACGGCGGUGGUCCUGGUUACGGCCCGGGUCCUGGUCAUUAUGGCCCUGGUCCUGGAGGUUACUCUCAGGGCCCUCCUCCUGGCGGUUAUGGCGGGUACCCACCAUCUCAGCCACAACCCCAGCCCGUCUACGUUCAACAGCAACCUCAGAAAUCCAGCCGAAUGGGCGGUAUGGGCGGUAUGGGCGGCAUGGCCCUCGGUGCCGGAGCUGGUCUUCUCGGCGGUGUGCUAUUAGGCGAGGCUCUAGACCACGACCAGAACACGGUCGUCGAGAACAACUACUACGAUGACAGCCAGAACGACUACGGCAACAACGACUACGACAACAACAACUACGACAAUAACGACUACGACAACCAGGACUUUGGCGGCGACGACGGCGGUGGCUGGUGA